AUGGCUGUAUUUCAGUUCAGUGCUCAUAUGUCGAGACCUUUUGCACGGAACACAAAGCUGCAGCCCCUCCCUCCUCUGCGAGCCCCACGCACGGCGCCGGCCCUGGGAACCCAGCGUGGCACAGCGUCCAUUCCCUUGCGGACCUACAAUCUCGUUGGAGUGAUGACCAACCGAGAAGGUUCAAGGACAGUGCUCCCGGAGUCCUGGCUGCGGGUGCCUGGCAGAGGGGCCCCUGGAGCAAACCGAGAGCUGGUGGGGAAGCCUCAGGCAAAGGCUUCCUUGGAGGAUGAAAUGGGAGCUGAGACCUCGCCAUGCGCCCACCUGCUCCUCUCCACCGCAGCCCUUUCAGGAUCCCUGUAUUCCAGUGGUUCUCAACCUGUCUCUCUUAUAAAGGACCCUUGUGACGACAUUGGGCCACAGGAUAACCUCCCAUCUCACAAUCCUUAUCUCAAUCAUGUCUGCAAGGUCCCCUUUGCCCGGCAUCAGAGAAAGACAAGGGUCAGCCAGAACAGCCUCACCAUGCAGGGCCAGCAGGUGCAGACCCCGCAGUCGAUGCCCCCUCCCCCACAGCCGUCCCCGCAGCCCGGCCAGCCCAGCUCACAGCCCAACUCCAACGUCAGCUCCGGCCCUGCCCCAUCCCCCAGUAGCUUCCUGCCGAGCCCCUCACCACAGCCCUCCCAGGGUCCAGUGACAGCGCGCACUCCGCAGAACUUCAGCGUCCCCUCCCCGGGACCUUUAAACACCCCUGUAAACUCCAGCUCAGUCAUGAGCCCAGCGGGCUCCAGUCAGGCCGAGGAGCAGCAGUACCUGGACAAGCUGAAGCAGCUGUCCAAGUACAUCGAGCCCCUACGCCGCAUGAUCAACAAGAUCGACAAGAAUGAAGACAGAAAAAAGGACCUGAGUAUGAUGAAGAGCCUUCUGGAGAUCCUGACGGACCCCUCCAAGAGGUGCCCUCUGGAAACUCUGCAGAAGUGUGAGAUUGCCCUGGAGGAACUCGAGAAUGACAUGGCGGUGCCCACGCCCCCACCACCCCCGGGACCACCAACCAAGCAGCAGUCCUUGUGCCAGCCGCUCCUGGAUGCUGUCCUGGCCAACAUCCGCUCGCCCGUCUUCAACCAUUCCCUGCACCACACAUUCGUGCCAGCCAUGAGGGCCAUCCAUGGCCCACCCAUCACGGCACCGGUGGUGUGCACCCGGAAGCGUAAGCUUGAAGAGGAUGAGCAGCAGAGCAUCCCCAACGUGCUCCAGAGGGAGGUGGCCAGAUUAGACCCCAAGUUCCUGGUGAACUUGGACCCUUCUCACUGCAAUGACAACGGCACCGUCCACCUAAUAUGCAAGCUGGAUGACAAGGAUCUCCCGAGCGUGCCACCCCUGGAGCUCAGUGUGCCCGCUGACUACCCCGCCCAGAGCCCGCUGUGGAUCGACCGGCAGUGGCAGUACGACGCCAGCCCCUUCCUGCAGUCGGUGUACCGAUGCAUGAACUCGAGGCUGCUGAAGCUCCCCGACAAGCACUCAGUUACAGCCCUGCUCAACACCUGGGCGGAGAGCAUCCACCAGGCCUGCCUCUCAGCUGCCUAGCCACCACCACGGCUGCAUCUCGGGCUGCCAGCCCACCAUGGACCACGGGCCGGCUGGAAGCCUUGUUGGGGCCACAGAGGACACACACCUUGUGUCGGACCCUUCUAGGUGUGGGUUCCCUAGAGAGCCUGGGCUUAGGUUAGCUUUCCUGCUUUUAUCUUCUGCCUUGGGGACCUACCAAGCGUUCCCCACACUUGAACCGGACGGGACAGGUACCGGACGGGACAGGGGCUCUGGAGUCCUCUGUGGUAGGAGUGGCAGACACGCCCCGGGCCUGCGCUCCUCAAGCUGCUGUCCCUUUGGCACCUGCAGAGCCCCUGUCCUCCCUGUCUCCCAGGGAGAAGUCAGGG